ACCAGUCCUUGAGUAGCAUCAUUUCCCAAAAUCUUUGAAAGUGCUAAACAACAGCUUGAGGGUUGUACAUUGGACAUCUAUGAUAACCCUCAAAGCAAAACUGGAAGUGGACACGACAUGAGUUCAUCAUGAGAAAUCUUACACAGAGAACAACACAAACAACUCAUGAGAGCACAGGACUUCCCACAUCCUGUCCCUUUAACCAAGUCAGCUGAUUUCUACAACAAAACAACCCGUCUACGCCCAGGGACCUGGUGCAACCUAACCUGCUGUUGGCCUCACUGCCCCUGACUGAUACUCAUAGCACUGGCUACUGUAGGACGCGAACUUUAACCUGAACUACAAGUCCCAGUAUUCCCAGACGGCCCGAAAACAAACCCCUCACUAUAGGCACUAACUGGACGUAUAGGAAACUGUAUCCGAUUCUCUUGCAGUUUAUUGUCUCCUUGACAGAAGCAAAACUCGUGAAAGCUUCUGCUUAUAGUAAAAAGGCCCUUUCUCAACCAACUUGUUUUUGUAAAGAAGCUGCAGUUUACGCAGCAAAGCCGCCUCUCUCAACAUGGCUGCCAGAUUCCGACACACUUAAAACCAAUCAUCGACGACUUCCCGUGCCGGCAGCAGCCUAUCAGCGAUAGGGUCUUUGUGAACUUUUAAAAGAAAAGUCCAAUGGACUGCUGCUGGUAGGCGUGGUCUGGCCGUCCUUCGUUCAAGAUAGGUGGGCUUGUCGGAGCUUGCCUGUGUGCCUGGUACAGGAGCCGUGUCCCUGUUGGAGAGGCACAAGGGAAGGGACUGGGUGCUGAGAGGUGGAAGGGAACAUAGCGGCAAUAUGACUCUUUUGCUGUCACAGGCCGUUCCCAGCAGCGCCUCUGGCAGCGUGGAGUCCCCGGAUAAGGAGACAUGCAUCGGGAUCAACAAUCAGAGUUACAUAUGUGAAACCGGUCACUGCUGUGGACAAUCCCAGUGCUGUAAUUACUACUAUGAACUAUGGUGGUUUUGGCUCGUGUGGACUAUUAUCAUAAUCCUUAGCUGCUGCUGCGUUUGCCAUCACCGAAGAGCCAAGCACCGUCUCCAAGCACAACAGAGGCAGCAUGAGAUUAACCUGAUAGCCUACCGUGAAGCCCACAGCUAUUCAAACGUGCCAUUCUAUUUCAGAUUCUUGCCAAACUAUCUGCUACCUCCCUAUGAGGAAGUGGUGAAUCGCCCCCCAACACCUCCUCCACCAUAUGCAGUCUUGCAUCAGCAAUGUAUCACAACCUGCGAAAGCACACCAGCGCCAGAUUCUGUGCAUAAUCUUGCUCCGCAUAGCCAGACAAACUCCCCAGCAGCCUCAGCAAGCGGAAGUGGAACGAGGCCUCCAAGCAUUGCCGAUUGUGAACCUUCCACCACAUGCCUACAACGAGCAACACAAAAGAACAACAGUGUUGACUCCAGUGAUCCAGCUGGUGGAGCAGAGUUGGAGGAGAUGGCUGAUCAAGUCUCUUUCCUAGACAAGGACUCCAAAGAACUUUUGAAGCAUUAUAGUUCGGAAAGCCUAGACCAUAGCAGUUACUAUGACGGCAAGGACAAAACGCCAGGACGACAUCGAAGGUUCACCGGAGAUUCGGGUAUUGAAGUUUGUGUGUGCAGCAGGGGUCACCAUGAUGACUUCAAAGAACUUGAUGGCUUUCUGGAUAAUGAAGUGGAUGGCUUCUGUGAUAGCUGCACUUCCUGUGACGCGCAACCCCAUGAUGAGGAGGAAGAAGGGAUAUUUGCGCAUUCCUUAGGAUCUAGAGAUCUGGAUCAUAACCCUAUGCCCCGUCAACCUGUGACCUUGCUCAACACAAUCAAUGAACAAGACUCUCCAAAUUCUCAUAACAGCGGCAGUUCCUGUGGCUAAAGGACAAGUAUGCCACAGAAUGGAAAAAAAAAAUCUGAGUGACUGUGUUGAGCCUGUCUAAUUAUUUUCUUUCUUUUUUUUUCUGUACAUUGAAGAAAACAAAAAACUUGGAAUUGCUUUACCAAAGCCUGAGGGAGAAGACCAUGUCAGGUGCCCAGUCCUUCAACGAAUGCCUUUUUUUUUUUUUUAAUCGGACUUUGGUACUGAUGAUUUUGGUGAUGGUUUAUUAAGAGAAUAAACAAAGAGUCCUGAGCUUUAGACAGGCGGCAAAGGGACAGUUUGGUUUAAGAAGGCUCUAAUGAGCCUUAAUAUUGGGUUUAGGUCAGCAACAGUCUCCUGGUGCUCUUAAAUCCCUUAGUAAACAUAUACUGUGCUAAAGGACAUUCUGACAAUACUUUUUGUAUGAUAGGACUAGUUGGUGUUUGCGUGGCACCUGAACGCUAGAAGAAGCAUUAAGAUAAACUUUGUGAAAGGCUUGUUAAAAGCAAAUAGCGAAGGACACACCAAUAACAAAGCAUUAUACACCUGUCCUGGUGGGCGGCCAUGAACAAAUCGGGAAAAAAAAACAAGUUUAGUUUACGGACUGAGCUUCACAGUCCUCCAAGCUAAUGGCUCCAUUGGCCUUCUACCUGUCACCCCUAUGUUGUGAUUAAGCUCUUUUUUUUUUUUUUAUUAUGGGCAUCGGCUAGGGGGGGGGUUAAGUAACAGUCGAUGAGAAGACCCUAUGUGAAAUGUGCCUAAAAAAAAUGGGGACGAACAAGCAAUUUAAGCUAAAUGAAGACAAGUACAAAUGAUACUGUAUAUUCUAGAUCUACAGACUCCUGUUUUACUUCAUUCCCAGCCUCUUCCUACAGUCAUUAGAUAAUACUGACUGUUCUGGCUGAUGAGAAGAAGUUCUAGAACUUUGCUUAGAUGUGGUUUUCAUUGUAUUCAUCUUUAGGAUAAACCCUAAAUAAGGUAUAUGAUCUCGGGAUGCAACGAAUCCAGGAUUCGGUUAGGGAUUCCGCCUGGAUUUGGCCUUUUUCAACAGGAUUCGGCCAAAUCCUUCUGCCGGCUGAACCGAAUCCUAAUCCGAAUUUGCAUAUGCAAAUUAGGGA